AUGGGGUCCACGGCCACGUACGUGGCGGCGGAGACCCCCAAGCCCGGCGACGACGAGCCCAACCGCCUGGACGUCGCCUUCAACCGCGUGGACAACCCAGCGCCGACUGCGUCGAAGGACAACGCGGCGACCGACGGCCAACUCGUGUCAAUGUCCGAGCUCUUCUCGUACGCUGACGGCGUCGACAAGCUUCUCAUGUUCCUGGGCACCGUGGGAGGCUUGGCCGCCGGCGUGGGGCAGCCCAUCCAGAUCGUGCUCUUCGGAGACGUGCUCAACACGUUCAACCCGGCCGAUCCGGGGGCGAACAUCGAGCACAGCAUCAAGCACGUCGCGCUCAACUUCGUGUACGUUGGCAUCGCGGUCUUCAUUGCCGGCAGCAUGCAAGUGGCGUGCUGGACCAUCACUGCUUCGCGUCAGGCCAAGCGCAUUCGCAGUGAGUAUGUGAGCGCUAUUAUGACCAAGGAGAUCGGAUGGUUCGACGUCAAUGAACCGAUGCAACUUGCAACGAGGGUCGCGGAAGCCACCGUAACUAUUCAAUCCGGAAUUGGCAGGAGAGUGGGCGACGGGCUAAAUUUCUUCUCGAUGGCCGUGUCGGGCAUCGUGAUCGGUCUGGUGAAGGGCUGGCAGUUGGCGCUGAUCUUACUAGCGUUUACGCCGUUCAUUGCCGUCACAGCCUUCUUCUCUAUGAAGGUGCUUUCUACGGCGACGCAGCAGGGACUGGAGAGCUACGGCAAAGCUGGUGCAGUGGCGCAGGAGGCGCUGAGCAACGUGCGCACGGUGCACAUGUUCAACUCCAUCAACCAUUUCAUCAAGAAAUACGAAGACGCUUUGGGUCUGUCGACUAAAGCUGGUAUCAAGAAGGGGCUUGCAGUCGGAUUGGGCACGGGAAUCAUGUUCGGCACCAUUUUCUUCACCUACGCUGGUGGCAUGUACUUCGGCGCGCUCAUGGUAGCGAACGACAACUUGGACGGCAAUACCUGUACUGGCAGCUCCUGCUACAACGGCGGUCGAGUGCUCACGGUCUUCUUUGCGGUUAUCAUGGGCGCUAUGGCGCUUGGCCAAGCUGCUCCGAGUGCUGAGGCUAUCACUGCUGCCCGUGCCGCGGCGUACCCUGUCUUCCAGACCAUCAAACGGUCGUCUCUCAUUGACCCCCUGAGCGAAGAGGGCAAGAAGCUGGACAAGGUCAUGGGUCGCAUCCACAUUGAGAACGUCUCCUUCGCCUACCCUUCCCGUCCGGAGAUUCAAGUGUGCAGCAACUACUCUCUUACCAUUGAACCGGGUGAGACGGUUGCGCUCGUGGGUCCCAGUGGCAGUGGCAAGAGUACGAUGGUGUCGCUCAUUGAACGCUUCUACGACCCUCUUAGCGGAACGGUGAGCAUCGACGGUGUGGAUGUGCGUACGCUGAACGUCAAGUGGCUGCGCUCGCAAGUUGGACUGGUCGGACAGGAGCCUUCUCUCUUUGCCACGUCCAUUAUGGAAAACAUCCGCUACGGUUGCCCCUCGGCUACGGAUGAUCAAGUGAUUGAAGCUGCGAAGAUGGCCAACGCGUACAACUUCAUCAAGGAGUUCCCGCAAGGUUUCCAGACCGAGGUCGGUGAGCGCGGCGCUCAAUUGUCUGGUGGCCAGAAGCAGCGGAUUGCCAUCGCUCGGGCGAUCAUCAAGAACCCGCCGAUUCUUCUUCUGGAUGAGGCUACGAGUGCGCUCGACAGCGAGAGUGAGCGUAUUGUGCAGGCUUCUCUCGAUCAACUGCUGGCGAACUCGCACCGAACCACAAUUAUCGUUGCCCACCGACUGUCGACUAUCCGCAACGCAAGUCGGAUUGCAGUGCACAGCGGCGGCAAGAUCGUGGAAAUUGGCUCGCACGAUGAACUGAUGAAGUUGGAAAGUGGCCACUACCGUCUGCUGGUCGAAGCGCAGAGUCGUGUGGCUUCUGAGGAGCAGGAGGCGAGCUCUACCGAAGUUCUGCAGGUUGAAGAGCUCGACUCCCCUAAUGAUCACAUCGUUCGCCCUGGUCGAUCUCCUCGACGAUCGAUUAGCCGACACAGCGUGUCUGAGAAGGAAGGUGCUGGCAAGGGAGAUGAUGCCGAAUUGGGCGACGUUGAUCUGCCUCCGGUUUCGAUGGCUCGCGUGUGGAAGAUGUCGCUGCCUGAAUGGAAGUUCAUGAGUGCGGGUUCUCUCGGUGCUAUCAUCAAUGCUGCUGUGUUCCCCGUGUGGGGAGUUCUAUUAGUGAAGGUGACGGUGCUCUUCUUCAGACUCGACUACACGAAGCACGAGAUGAUGGAUCACGCGCGCUGGUGGGCGCUUGGCUUCAUUGGUCUAGGAAUCGUGUUCACUCUCUCCAUUACACUACAACACUACGGCUUUGCGGUGGUCUCGCAGCGGCUCGUCACUCGUGUGCGUGCAUCCACCUUUAGCGCGAUGCUGCACCAGGAGAUCGGAUGGUUCGACUUGGAUGAAAACUCGUCGGGCGCACUGGUGUCUCGCUUGGCCACAGACUCGGCGGUGCUGCAAGCCAUGACAUCGGAGACAUUGAACCGAGGGCUUGUGAACCUCACGACCCUGACAAUCGCGUUCGCCAUUGCGUUUUACUACAGCUGGCGGAUGACACUCAUCCUGCUAGCGGUUUUCCCAGUGCUGGCCUUGUCCUCCUACAUCCAGGCGCAGCAAAUGACUGGUACGUCAGGAAACAAGAAGAACAACGACGCGGAUACGGCUGCGGGCUCUCUCCUCUCGGAGGCUGUCGGCUCUAUCCGCACGGUGGCUUCGUUCAGCAUGGAGGUGGCGCUGAAUUCGAUGUACGUCGGGUAUCUCAACGUCUCGAAGGAAGCUGAUGUCAAGAUCGGUGUGGUGGGAGGCAUGGCGUUUGGUGUCUCUCAAGGAGCGAUGUUCCUGGUGCUUGCCUUCCUGUUCUACCUCAGUGGACGUUGGAUCUCCCGUGGCAUCAUCACGUUCGAGGAAAUGUUCAUGGUUCUGAUGGUCAUCAUGCUCAGCACCUUCGCGAUCGGCAUGGCGGCUCAAGGUGCCACGGACGGAGCCACGGCGAAGCGAUCGGCUCAGCGUGUGUUCAAGGUCAUCGACCGCAAGCCGCUGAUCGACGCUACGUCUGGAACCGGACGCUCGUUGGAGCACGUCGACGGCGACAUCGAGUUCCGAAACCUGGAGUUCACGUACCCCGCCCGUCCGGACGCCAAGAUCUACAAGAACUACAGCCUCAAGAUUGCUCGUGGCCAGACUGUCGCGCUGGUCGGAGCGAGUGGCAGUGGCAAGAGUACGGCGAUCUCGCUGUUGGAGCGCUUCUACGACCCGGCGGCCGGUGUAGUGACGCUGGACGGCAACAACCUGAAGGAUCUGAACCUGCAGUGGCUGCGCGAGCACGUGUCGCUCGUGAGUCAGGAGCCGGUGCUGUUUGCCGGCACCAUCGCCGAGAACAUCGAGCUCGGCAAGCCCGGCUCGACCCGCGAGGAGAUCGUCGAGGCGGCCAAGAAGGCGAACGCGUUCGACUUCAUCAGCAACUUCCCGAACGGCUUCGACACGGACGUGGGCGACCGCGGCGCGCAAGUCUCGGGCGGCCAGAAGCAGCGCAUCGCCAUCGCGCGCGCCAUCCUGCGUGACCCGGCCGUUCUGCUGCUCGACGAGGCGACCAGCGCGCUGGACAACGAGAGCGAGCGCGUGGUGCAGGCGUCGCUGGACCGACUGCUGGCCCUCAAGCAGCGCACGACGAUCAUCGUGGCCCACCGCCUGUCGACGAUCCGCAACGCCAACUUGAUCGCCGUGACGCAUGAUGGAGCCAUCGUGGAGCAGGGCACGCACGACCAGCUCAUGCAGCUGCCCAACGGCGUCUACAAGGGCCUCGUGGCGCGCCAGAUGAACGCGCACUGA